UUCUCACGUUCGAUGUGUGGUGUCAUGCAGAUUUAUUCGUGAUUAUUUUGUGAAGAAAUAGUAUAAUUCUUGGAAUGUUUAGUAUUUUUAUUUCUUUUAUUCAUUAUGUGUAACUUCAAUAAACUUGUGUUAGUGACGUUUUGUUGUUCUGGAAGAAAACAGUGAGGAAAAUUUUGUUUUAUAGUUCACUAUGAAUUGCCACCAAGUACUGAGUGGUGCCUGUAAUUCAGGAGAUCAAUGUUUUGCUGUGGGUUCUGUGGAGGGAAUACCUUUCACGGCUUACGCAGCAGGAUGUAACAUAGUGAUAUUGGCCUCAAACUUUGAAAGAGUUCAAAUUAUCCCUGGAGCUAUCCAUGGCUAUGUGCGCAUUGGCUCUUUGGACUGCAGCACGGACACGGGGAAGAUAGCUGCGGCCUACGGAGCUGAAGUGUGCAUAUUUGAACCCACACCACUCAUCCAUUCUGCUGCUACCACUCAUGGCCUGGAGUACCGUUGGGUGCAGACUGGCAAGCUUGUGGCGGAUGGGCCCAUCACCGCGCUGUCAUGGAAUCUCGAGGGAACUAGGCUUCUGACCGGCGGAAAGAUCUUACAACUUUGGCACCAGGCGUCGCUUUAUCAGGAUGACAGUCAGCCAAGCUCCGGAGUCACAUUUCAAAUCGGUGGAAGCGACAAAGAUGAAAAACCAAAGCAACAAGAGGAAGAAGAGCCCGGCUGGAUAUGCGUGUGGCAGUGCCACACGGCGACACCGGCCCACCACCUCGCGUUCUCACCAGACGGCGUGCUGUUCGCCACCUCCGGCAUUAACGACAGACUCGUUAAAAUCUGGUACCAGAACAAAGUAUUGUAUCAGCAGACCCACAACGACCAUUCCCAGCAGGAGUUGAACUAUACAUUCAUUUACGUAGCUCAUCCGCGGGCCGUCACCCAUCUGUCAUGGCGCAAAACCAGCAAAUACAUGCCCAAGGGCAGCGUCGGCAACGUGCUAGUGACGUCAUGCGUGGACAACAUCUGCCGCGUGUGGGCCGAGACUCUUCUACCAGACGACGAAUGGGGCGGCUGCGUCCCAGCGCAUGCCCGCUCGCCGCCGCGCCGCCAGCGCGCCACGCACCGCCAUAAGCACCGGUUCAUGCAGCGGCUCAAGCACAUGAAGACAUGUUUCCAUAUCAGACGGAACGCGCAGUCGUCCAAACAGCCGGGCGCGCCCAUACCCACUCUGCCUUCCACGUACAGCGCUCACGACUUCCACAAUCCUUACCACUCCAGCUCUUACACGGGAGGCCUUCACUUCCACCUCGCCGCGUCAAUAAACGCAGAAACAGACAUCCCGCUAGUGCCUUCGUUGGCGGGAGGCGGUCGCUUCAUACUGCAUUGGCUGCACAACAAAGAGAUGCACUUCACUAGCCAAGCGGAGGCUAUACUGCACGACCUCACUAAAAAGAUAUUAGAUAAAGAAGAAACGGAUGAAGCUGGUUCAGGUUCCGACCACACCGCACAUCCAGAAGGGGAAAACGAGACAAGACAGGCACAUAGACGGCCUAGCCAUCAUUUGACUAAAGCUCAGUCCGAGGAUAACAGCAAUAGUGAUGAGCAGCCAGGUAGUGGCAACCACAGUCACCCGAGUCUGUCCAACACGACAUCUAUAAACUCGAUAGCGACUGACGUCACCUGCACCCAUCUUCCCGAUUCCUUGGAUGCUAAGAUCGAGUCGCUACUGAGGGAUUGGCAUCAGAGUCCGGAUCUGUUGUUCUCGAUACACCCUGUUGAUGGCAGCUUUCUUAUAUGGGUGUGCGAAUGGCUAGACGAGUUGCAAGCCGGCGCGAUCCGGCAGGCUCAAGUGUCGUUCUCAGCGCGUAUUCCUUCAGCUUUUCCGUUAGGAGACGCCACCACUAUGUGUACGCCCGCGGCGUUAUAUCAUGCCGCCGCGUUAUACCAGCCGCUGUAUGUGCGCCACCGAACUAAACCUGUGAUACCUGGACAACAACAACAGCAAGGGGAAACGGUAACGACUCCUUUGGCUAGUGUACAAGAGGAGAAAGAUGAGAAUGAGUGGCCUCAAGCAGAUGAAAAUGCAGAAACACAAGAAAAUGGUGCUUGCGAAGAAAACAACAAUGAAAUGCAAAGGAAGAUGAGUGUAGCCACGGAGGACCAAGGCGAAAAUCAGGAGGGCGAUGUUUUAGACUCGGCGCCCGUCAUAUCCAUGGUCACCAAUCAUACUAAUGGCACGCUUAACCUCUGGCAGCUAACGUUUGAUGAUAAGUCUAAGUUCUCUCAGGUGCUAUCUAUAGGACAUGCCUCAAGAGCGUCCGGCCAUAGAUUUAGAGUUAAUGACAUCACAUGCCAUCCAGUAUUACCAUUACUACUUACGACUAGCCAUCAUAACAUAUCAGAUAGUGACAGAGAGACCCACAAGCCAGAUGACGACACAGCCGCCGGCGGUCUAUGUUCUGAACUCAUAAUGUGGCGAGUGGAAUGUGUGGGACCUUUGGGUAAAUCGGGCGGGGUCUCCGAACUGGCUCGGGUCAAUUCGCCCCACUUGUCGGCUUUCAGCAACGUGGCGUGGCUGCCUACUUUGUUACCAAGCACAACUCUAGGAAACCUGUCUAACUCACCUUCGGCAUGCUUUGUGGCGAGUGACGGGGAAAGUCUACGAGUAUUCCAGGCGGUUAUCGACGCUCGCACGCUGCUCGCUGAGAUAGCUACUUCGGAACGGCGCCAUAAAGAUGUGUUCCAACACGACACCAUGUCAAUGUCAUCCGACUCAACUCUAGAGGAGGGCGGCGGGAUCCCACUCCAUGACCGGAUCAAGAUCGUAUCGCAGCAGUCGACGGCGCGGCCCGGCGCCAUCAUACAGUUGCACGCGAUCGCCGAUGCCACUCAUGAUUGGCACAACACUCAGUUGCUACACGUGUUCCAAGAGCAACUUAUCACAGGCGAGCGUACCUCUCCCGACACUGAUAGUUCGGACUCAGGCGUGGAAGGCUCUGACGUGCAUACCAUCACAGAAGCUGGUUUAGAAGCGAUAGUAGACCUCCGCAAGGCUGCCGUGUUCAACGAGCCGUUCUAUAUCGUCGUGCUGGAAAGGACAGAUGGAGGAUCCACCGUACAUAUGUGGAGACUCACCGUGUCGUCACAGGCUGAUGCUAAUGAUGAUCUCACAAACAGUAUGAUGUACGUGCCAGAUAGUGCACUUGUCCAAGAAGAAGAAGGUGAAUCGCGGAAGAAUUCUGUGUCGCUUGACCAAGAUCGGGUGCCGCCGCCUCCGCCGGUUAACGAUCAUCUUUCCAUAUCUACUAAAAAGGUGUGCGAAUGUCCCUUAUCCCUUCCUGACGGUGUGGACGUAAUACACGCGACGCCAGCCGCCGGCCAUCUCAGUUCGGCGUCGAUCUACCCAGCUUGCUUGGCGCCCUACAUCUUGGCCACGGCUUGCUCUGAUAGCACAUUGAGGUUCUGGAAAUGCAAUGUCACAAAGAAAGACGACAAUGAAUUUGAAUAUACUUGGAAAGAAUGGGAAAUGAUGAAUAAAGAUCAAGAAUCUGCUAUUGACAUUCCAGGGCAACCCCUUCACAUAAGCGCGGCAUACUCCGGUCGCAUAGCGUGCGCGUACAAAUGCGGGCGCUCCUUCACCCGUCCUAAAGGUGGCAAUACUACCGCCAACAACCUGACUGACGCGCGCUUCGUCAACCUCUGCGUUUGCGUGUAUGAGUGCGAGAGUACCGGCGGCGCCGAAUGGCUCCUAGAAGAUACGAUACCCCUUAGAAACGUCAGUCUACCUCGCGUAGGCGUGUGUGCUGACACGCAGAUUGACCUCUCGUAUCUUCACGAUACCUCCUUCAUGCAGAAGAAGCAAAGGUUGACACAGGUUCUCCAAACCCUGUCAUCCGAAGAGCGCAGCCACAGCCGCAACGGCGAAGGCGACCCGGGCAAGACCACGGGUCUCCUCGCAGUCCCGUCCUUCAGCACCCUCCAGUCUCUACGGCGGAGCAUCAUGGAGAACGGCAACACUUGUCCGUUGACACAGAAACACCUCGUGCAACUGGACUGGGUGUCGAAGGAGGACGGCUCGCAUAUUCUGACGGUCGCCGUGGGGUCUAGGGUGUUGCUGUUCACGCCUGUUUCCAGUGAUCUUGCGCAGGCCAAUUUGAAGGCAAUGAAAGAAUCCAUCAACAACAACCGGCCUAUUCUCCGCAAGGCUUCGUCCUUAGCCGCCCCGUUAUUCGUGGAAGAGAUCAGAUGGAUGCAGCUUCGCCGCAUAGAGCUGAAGACUGCAGAUGGUCUACCACCGCUGCCUAUGCAGAUUUCGUGGGUGCGAGACGGUAUACUUGUCGUGGGAAUGGAUUCUGAGAUGCACGUCUACUCGCAGUGGAAGCCUGAGCACCAGCAAAUGGCUUCUGGAUUGCAUGGAGGACAGGAGCUAGAAGAAGGCAGCGAAUCCCGGGCACUUCGUGAUUCUGACCUCCGAGUGUCCGCGCCGCAUUUGCAGCGAGUGUCGUCCAUCAACUUGCAGCUUUUGGAGAGAGACGCAAGAAGGCGGAACAAAACACAACCAGAUCAACCACAGCCACUUUUGGACUAUAUGCCGGAUUACGGCCUGUUUGAGGCGUCGCAAAUGGCGUGCCCCGUGCUACCUCAAUACCACCCGAAACAACUUAUGGAGUUGCUCAACAGCGGGAAAAUUAGAUGGGUCAAGGCGAUUCUGGCUCAUCUUGUCAGAUGUAUUGGUGGCACAUACAACGUUCGAAGUUCACAGGGUGAUGAAGACAGUUUAUCAAGGCAGCGCGGCUGGUCGCGCUCGCGCACGCUGUCCGUGUCGUUCGCCGCCGGCGCCGCCUCGCCGCUAGAUGGCGUUGCACAGAUAACUGAAGAUGUACAGCUAGACUAUGCCGAGAUUACCUCAGUACCGCCGCUACCUCUAUGGACACUCCUUGUCGCAGACAAAGAGUCUCCGCAUCAUCCGUCCACUAUACAAGAAGCUAAGGAUUACAACGUAUUAUUCGAGGGGACUAUGCUCGACACAGACGAGGAUUUGGACGCGUUGUUGCUAGGCGACGACGAAGGUGUCGACCGCAGACCGUCGAUGCCUGAACGACAGCCUCUGUCGCACUUCGGUCCUAGGCAAGGUCGCAUCCUGUCACGUCUACUCACCCACACUCACCUGCCCGGACUGAGUUCGCUUGACCAGAUGCAUUUGUUAGCGCUGGCGGACACUGUGUCGACGUGUGACGCAGACUUCGCCGAACGAUUCGCGGCGAACGCGCGUGUUGAUAUCUCGCAAGGAACUGGUCAAGAAAUAGUACCUGACUCCCUGGAUGACUGUGGUCUCCGAUUCUUACUGGCCAUGAAACACUACGGCUACCUACUGCGUUGCUUGCCGCUAGCGCAGCGGGCCAAUUUACAAAGGAAUGGAGUGGGUACUUGCAACCUUGUGUGGGCAUACCACUCUGAGACCCAUGAGCAACUUUUGGCUUUGAUCCCUGGUUAUGCUAAGGGACAACCGAAAUGGACAACAAUGCGAGAAUUGGGCGUGGGUUGGUGGGUAAGUGGUGACCUACUCCGUAUAUGCGUAGAGCGCCUCGCACGCGCAGCCUACAUGGCCAAGCAAGAUCCGAUGGAUGCAGCACUAUACUACUUAGCUAUGAAGAAACGAAUGCUACUGUGGGGUCUAUUCCGAUCCAAUCGCGACGAAAAGAUGACCGCGUUCUUCGCGAAUGACUUUUCCGAAGAUCGCUGGAGAAAGGCGGCUCUAAAGAAUGCGUUUGUUUUAUUGGGUAAACAACGGUUUGAGCAUGCAGCCGCUUUCUUUUUGUUAGGAGGUGCACUCAAGGAUGCUUUAGAGGUGCUAAUCACACGUUUGGGAGAUUUGCAACUAGCAAUGGUGGUAGCUCGACUAUACGAAAGUGACAGCACACUUCCACCCAGUUUGAAGAAAUUGCUCAUGGAUGAAAUAUUAGGUGGUGAGACAGAAACCGGUGAGAUUGAACUGGAGCGCGCCCACCCGGACCCGUUCGUUCGUUCAAUGGCGCUCUGGGAACUAAAACGUUACGGAGAAGCCCUAGACACACUUUUAAGCCCCGGCGGCCGACUACACGCGGCGCGUGAGACGCAGAAAGAUUCAGAACCCAUGCCCAGCGUGUUUAACUUCUACGUGUAUCUACGGACACAUCCGAGACUGAAGCGACACAAUAUGCCAACGCAGGGUGGCACACUGGCCCUACUACAACAAGAGCCCGAAGAGAGUAUAACCCGUUUAGAAAGACGUCUGUACUUCCAAACUGCGCACGGGCACUUCAAAGCAGGCUGUCCCGCUCUAGCUUUGGAGGUCCUGUCCAAACUCCCCGCGCGGGUCCGAGAUGAGAAAGCUAAGCAACCAGUGUCUAUGCCUUCGGUCGACGACGCUGUUAUACAUACGGGACAACUGGGCGGGGACUCGACAGCUAAAAAGGAAGAAGAGGCCCCAGCAGAGAACAACAUGGACUGGGCUUCGACGCCAGCUGAAAUGGACUGGGGCGCGCCCGUUAGCACCAUAAAAUCAGAUGAGCUGGUGCUCAGCUGGGAUGACGAGGAAGAUAAAGGAUCCGAGGGAUCAGGAGCAUCGACCCCGCCAUUAGAAAUGAAGAUGGAUAAGCAAGAAGCAGCUCCGUUAGUCAACGGCAUCUCCGAAGAACAUGAACAUGAGCCAGAGAAGAAUGAGACACCGCCUGUGGACAUCAUGGCGCAACAACUCAAGUUCGUGGCCUGUCUCAAGAUACUGAUGGAGGAGUUGAGCACCUUGGCCACUGGAUUCGAAGUCGAUGGCGGUCACCUCCGCUACCAACUGUACAUCUGGCUAGAGCGCGAAGUGGAGGCUUUGCGGCGUCUCUGUGGUUACGCCAGCGCUAGUGGCGCCCCCACGGGUGGUGAACUGAUAUGCGCCGACCAAGACCCGCCGCCGCUGCCGGAGAAACCCACGCUGCAUCAACUGCUUGUGAGGGAAAAGGCGGACUUUGAGGCUAAGGUGCAACGCGCUGUUAGGAGGAAGAAGUGGCUCAAGGCCAACGAGACCCUCCUCCGGACUCUCCUAUCGUACUGUUCCCUUCACGGCGCCGGCGGUGGCGGCUUGGCCUCCGUCCGGAUGGAGCUAGUGUUGCUACUGCAAGAGCUGGGACAAGACAAACAACACCAGCAGCUGCUGUCGCCGCUACCGUUCCCAACGACUCUGCCGCUGUUGGCAGCGGCUGUGGCGACGAAUAACACGGUUGUUGCUGAUCCUGUGAGACACUUGCAGUCGGUAGCCCACGAUAUGCUCGGAACGAUAAGCGAGCUCGGCAUCCCUGGUGGUUCCGCCACGAGGAUUCUGCACACGUUGCGAGAAUUAGCCGUGGCGCUGUCCGCUUGCAUCUACCAGAGUCUCUGCGACUCGGAUACGUUUAGCAUGAAGCAUACACAUCAUCAUGAUGGUAUGGUACAUGACCACGCUCCUGCUACGACCCAUUUGAUCGCUCGACCGAGACGUCACUCUGUUGAAGAACUUACUGUUUCGACGACACCUAAUAAAUGGCCUGGUGUGUCCGCACUACGCGGUUUAGCUGUGCGAGCGGCGGAAGAAGAAGACGCGCCUAGACUGGCCGUGUUAUUGGCUGAAGCGUUCUGCGCAGUAUAUCUAGCUCUAUUGGGUUGGGCAUUGGCCGCACGCGAUGCUCACUUGUUAUACAGACUGGCAGCUCAGAACCCAGAAGCGAAAGCGCAUGCUUCGCUGUUCGGAGGCGGCGUGAGGCGACUGCUUAUGACUGCGCCCGCACCACCGCCGCCAAAACUCGAGCGCACCGAGGGCACCUCAGUCUGGUCAUCGUUACGCGAGAAACGCGCGCUCCUCAACAUGCGUAUACUCGGGCUCGGGCCCACCGCGCCCCACAAGAACAUACAAGAAGGCCGGCCUACAUAUAGGGAGCAGUUUGUACCGCCGCAUUGCAGUAUACUCACGUACCUGCUUACUAAGCCAACCACGGACCAAGGCUCGUGCCACGACUACGACUACGACUCAGCUGAGUCGGGCGCCGAAGACGCGGAAGACAGCGGCAGCGAGCCCGACGAUGAUGAUAUCUUCGACACCACUGUCAAGAGCGAGAAGCGUCGCAAGUUCACGAACACGGAGCACUCGGACCCGGACUCGUACUCGUGGUACGUGAUGCGCGUGGCCGUGCUGCGGCUCGCGCAGAUCAAGCUGCAGCACUUCUUGCAGCUGUGCGGCAUUGAGAUGUCGGAACUGGCCACAACAAGCCCUACAGUGCACGGUGCAUUGCGUCGCGUAGACCAGUGGCAGCAACAGUUAAGCGAAGUGUUGGAGUCACGUGCGCCGCCGCCUGACUACAUCCCUGGAUGCUUCCCCGAGCAGCAGACCUCGGGCCCGCCCAUCAACAAGUACCGAUGUCUCUUGGAAAAGCACAAUACGCCAUUCAACGCGAGUCUCUACAGCGCGGCGCCUGCAGGCCGUCUGUGGAGUUUCCUAGUCCGCCAAGAGCCGGUUCAGGACCUAUUCAUCCGCGCGGUAUUCUCCCGGCGACGCGCUCAAUCGGUGGCGGAAGGCGUGGGUGAGACACGACCAGGCGGAGCACCUACACGUCGCGAUGACGAUAUGUAUAGCCCCGUGCGAAUCAUACACAAGGAGCAGGACUCCAUCGCUGCCUUCUGCCUCAACCGGGUCGGCGGUGGCCUCCUCGCCGUAGCGACAGCCCGCGAAGUCCAAGAGAUGGAUGUGUCCCUGCUGUUGCGUGGAGGAGUCAGCUGGUCGGAGGACGAAUGCGACGUAGACCUCAUGGGACUCGGUACAGACCCCGCCACACUACCAGAUACCGGCUUCCUGCUCAUCCAACAUCAGGACAAGCCCAACAACGGUUCCGUGCCAGGCACCGGUAACAGUUCACCGCUGAACCCCAACGCGCCGCAAGUGCCCAUCGGCAUGGCCAGCCAGACCGGCCGCGGCGCUAGUGUCGUGCUGAAACACAAAAUUGACAACAUCAAACGAAUGGCAGCUCAUCCUUCGCAACCGUUGUAUCUAACCGGUGGUGCUGACGGCUCGGUCCAACUCUGGGAGUGGGGCCACGGCUCCUGCGUGUGGUCGCCGCGCGCUCCCGGCGCCUUCGCCAAAGUCACGCGCGUGCGGUUCAGCGACUAUGGGAAUAAGUUCGCGGCUGCCGACGCUGACGGCAAUCUGGCCAUGUGGCAGCUACACCCACCAGCGAAUAGCCACGCGGGACAGGCGCACGCGUCGCCGAGGCCUUUCUUCACUCACCAAUGCCAUAGUAAAGGAAUCAGCGACUUCGUAUUCCUGGGCUCCUGCAGUUUGGUUGCGACAGCUGGACACAGUUCCGAGAGCAAGAACGUUGCCAUCUGGGACACUUUGAUGCCCAUCAAGAAGGCCCUUGUCGUUUCGUGGACGUGCCACGAGGGCGGCGCAGCGUGCGUCGCUUGGGCGGGCGCGGGCGGCGCGCUGGUGUCUUGUGGGCGGCGCGGCGACGUGCUGGUGUGGGACCUGCGCGCGCGCGCGCCGCGCCACAAGCUGCACGCGCACCACGCGCCCAUCAAGUGCGUCGCGCUCGCGCCGAGGGAAGACAUGUAUGCGAUCGGAGCCGCUGAUGGGGACAUCAAGGUGUUUUCGUUGGCAACACAUCAACUGCUACACACUUUCGCCGGUGAACACGCACGUAGCUCUUUCUUCAAGCACAUCGGGCAAGGUGUCACUCAGAUACACAUUGAUAACGCGGGGCGCCUGUUCUCGUGCGGCGCGGACGGCACGAUGAAGGUGCGCAAGCUGCCCGAGCGUGACGCGCCGCCGCUACACCAUGCGCAGUAUUGAGCACGCACCGUUGGCGAGAAGUAGUCGGGAAAGAGCAUAAUGCCGGACGGGCGCCGCUUGGUCCCCUUGUGAUGUAUUUAUCGUUGUUGCUAUUCAAAUGUUACGAGUAUGAUUGAUGGAUAUUAUACGCCGUUAGACUAGUCACUGAGUAGCGCAUGUUGUAUCUUAUAUUGUAUGUAUUUAAAAUGUUAAAGAAUCUUUAGUUAUUUUUAGUGUGAAAUCUUCGCUAUUUUUAUCUAAUCUUCCUAGUUGAAUGAAUAUAAAUAUAAUAAAUUAUUUAUUUGCACUCGCUGUUAGUCGAGCUGGUUCCACCGCUGUGGCUGGCCUAAAUUGUUCUGAUGUUAACAGACGACGGUAGAUGAAUAUUGUAUGAUGUGGAGUGUAUAUUUAUUAGUAUUGUAAAAGUGCAAUAAUCUUACUAACACGAUCGGUUACUUAUGAAUCCGACUGCUGGCGACGUCGAAGCCUUCACCUAGAUAACGUGUAGCACGCGCUCUACUUAGCUUACGAUGUGAGUGCAUAAAUAACUCUUAUUGUGUAACUUGUUGACGCAUAAUAAAUAAUUUAUCGAGCAUACUAUAUUUCACGUACCAUGUGUUAAUCUUGUUGGCUUAACUGUUUAACGAUGUUUAAAUAAUACCCACGUCGCUGUGAGACGCAACAUUUCGUCGGCGUUGUAUCUUCGUGUAUCGUGUAUUUAUAUUCCCUAAAUAUCGCACACCUCGUUCGAUUAGUUAGUCGUAAGUGUUUCUCUAUCUCAAUGUGAUGUUUCGAGAUUACUCGUUUGAUUUAUUUAUUAAACCUUGAAGCAUUUCUUUAGAUUGAAGCAAUAAUGUAAUUAUUCUUUUCUAGACAGUAUUAUGUAAAAUAAUAAAUUGAGGCUGCGAUAUUUAUUUUUCGAAGAUUUAAUCGACGAUGUUGGAGGCAAGAAAUGUUUGUUAUUUGUAUGUAUCAGAAAUACAAGAAUGAAUGGUUUAAAUUCAUUAAGUUGGGUUAGCAACUGGGCUGACCCAACCUUAUAUUCCAAUUUUGACUAAAUUGUUACUCUUUUUAUUUACUUAUUUAGUAACAAAAUUUUUGGCCAAGACUUAUUUCGCUUUUACAAUUCCAUGUUUUGAGAUUUUUAUUUAUAGUAAAUGUAAUGGAAAUAUAGUUUAAUUUCAUGAUAAACGCACGUACCAUCAUCAAUAUAAUCGUUGCUAGUGCUAAUUAACGUUCCAUUCAUAAAUAUUAACUUUCAGUACUAACAAGCAUAACAUAACUAAAAUUAUUUUCUUUUCUUACAAGCACAUCCUAGUACUUACUUAUGCCUGUCCUGUGUUAAAAGACAUCAGUUCCCUUGUUUUUGUUGGUUGACUAUUUGUAGUAAGUUUCUUUAGGUUAAUAUAGUUUUACCACCAAAGUUUAAAUUCUACCCUUAAUAAAACGUAUUUGGAAUCCACUAUAGAAUAUUAGCUAAAUACGUAAACUGUUGAAUAAAUCUUUUAAAUGGAAUGUGUUACCGUAUUGUUUAUUACAAGCAAGUAGAAGAAAAUAAUUAUCAGCAAUAAACCGGUAUUCAAUUGUAUGAUUGUUUCUGGUGCCGUGGUUUGUUAUUAAACGAGGAUAAUAAAUGUAUUAUCUAUUAAUAAAUAAUUUACUGAUUAGCAAAAUAGGUUGAAUUAUUCCUACUGAUACCUGGUUUUGUUAACUGUAUAAUAAUAAUGCCAGUUAUGUUGUUUUCUCUUCGUUGUCACAUCAUACCACUUACGUGGAAGCUGUGAUGUACUCCCGUUAGUUAAUGUAGGUCUGUUUAUUCAUUUAUUUUAUUUCAUGCCUUGAAAAUACCAGAUGACAAAAUGUAGACGGGCGAUGAAUGUAUAAAUGUGUGCUUGCUCUCAAUAUGGGGGUAACAUAUUACACACCAGGUAGGUAAAUGUUGCGGGAAUGAUGAUAGACACUCGGCAACGCUCCAGUGUCACGUAGAUUGAGCGUGUCGUUCAUUAUGUCCUUUUGUGUAUCCGAGGCUGUUAUGUUGGCUGGAUCCAAAUCUCCAGGGAAAGUAUCAAGAUGUACAUGUUUGAAACCGCGUCUGCAUUCAGGCCCAAGUCGCAAUACGUCUCGCGAUGAUUUGUAUUGGACAAAUUUUACCGAUACAUGUUACGGUUCUAUUGUGCCCUAAUGCGAACGAGGCUUUAUCUAAUCGAUUUAUUAUAUUUGGGCUGUUUUAAAUAAAUUAAGGAUUACAUUUAUGUACAAUAAAUAGUUUAUGGCAGCCGACACUGAACAAUGUAAGUCAAUUUUCAAUGGAUAAUAAAUUAUUGUAAUUAUUUGAAAACCACACUGCACCUACAUAAUAAAUACAUUGUCGAUAAUGUUCAUAUUUAAUGCUUAUUUUGUUUUAUUUAUGAAAGGAAACAUUUAAAAUAAAAGUUAACUCUGAA